AUUCGGGGAGCGUGGGAACAGAAUGCCAGACCUAUCAAGACCAGGUGUUUUGUCCUCAGGGAUGUUUGUAAGUCAAAGGGGGUAAUAAGCUACCUGCUAUGUCAUCGCAUCCCAGUCCGUUCUGCCCCAGUGGUGAGAAGAAUUGGCAUCCAGCCCCUGUCUAAACGCAUCAUGAAGAGUAAUCGCGACCGGGAUUUGAUGGACGCAGUGUUCAAUCCAGCGAAAGCUUGUUCAGUACUGCCUGAACUUGAUGUUUGAGCGCAAUUGUUCAUCUCCAAAUCCACAGUGUAUUUACCUCCGUAUUGGAUGACGGAGAUCGGAGCAUGCUUUAUCAGCGAGUUGACAUUGAUGAGCAUGGGAAUCUGCAUAAGAUAGCUUCGAGGGUCGCUGGUUCAUCAAUUUCUUCAUUCUAAUUAUCACAAGCUCAAGCAAUACUCGACUCUACAAUAACUUCUGCAAAUCUCAACACAGCCUCUGUACAGAUAGCAUCCGCAUUUGAGUACAUAAUACAUUACAGUACCAAAAUCCAGCCCUGCAACAUCUCCAGCAAAGCACAUCAAUGUCGGACCUCAUCCGCGAAGCUCCUCUUGGCCAGUUCAUGCGCUGGGUCUCCCGCAACAAACUAUUUCAAUACCCCGAGGAACGCGAAGGAUUCGUCCUACCCAUCCAAUAUAUCACUCAACUAAACUCAAAAACCAAUCCUGAGACAAAAGAAUCGACUGUUCCAUUGGCACCAACCCCAAGUACUGUCACCAGCGCUGAUUUCACUUCUCUGGAUACCGACCUCGAAGGCUUAGGUCUAGGCGCUACCAGAACCAAGAGUCGUGCCGAUACAUUGCCAUACAGCAGCGAGCGCUUCGAAGUCGAACAACAACUGGCCCUUGAAAGAACCAAGACGAUCCCAAUCGUACCAAAGAAGACGUCCGAUGGUAUCAUCCUGGUGGAUUGGUACACGACCGACGAUGUCGCCAAUCCACAUAACUGGUCCAAGGGAAAGCGCACAUUUGUUACCGUCGUGAUGUGUAUCUACACUUGGGUAGUGUAUACGGGGUCCUCCAUUUACGCAGCAAGUGAGGGUGGAGUCAUGGAGCGCUUUUCUGUCAAUCAUACCGAGGCGGUCCUACCACUGUCGCUCUAUGUCCUUGCAUACGGUGUUGGCCCACUUAUUUUCGCUCCUCUCAGCGAGAUUCCAGUCAUUGGACGCAAUCCCGUAUACUACCUGACCUUCAUCCUCUUCUUCGCAUUAUCAUUUCCCACUGCUGUUUCCAAUAGUUUCGCUGGCCUGUUGGUAUUGCGAUUUCUGCAAGGUUUCUUCGGAAGUCCAGCUCUCGCCAAUGCUGGUGCAACGUUUUCGGACAUGUAUUCAUUGCUUUACGUCCCGUAUCCUUUGUCAUGGUGGGUGUUCUCUGCAUGGGGUGGCCCGGCUCUGGGCCCAUUGAUGGCUGGAUUCGCCGUCUCAGCGAACAACUGGAGAUGGAGUCUCUGGGAGAUUGUCUGGAUGGCCGCUCCAAUGCUCGUCCUCCUUCUCGCACUGAUGCCCGAAACCUCAACCCCAAACAUUCUCCUGCGCCGCGCCCAACGCCUUCGAAAGCUCACAGGCGACUCGAGACUUCAAGCCCAAAGUGAGAUCGAUCAACGCCAUUUCACGGCGUCCGGUAUUCUCGUCGACGCACUUAUCAAACCCAUCGAGAUUACCAUCAAGGACCCAGCUAUCUUCUUCGUCAACAUCUACACAGCACUGUUCUAUUCAAUUUAUUACACCUUCUUUGAAAUUUAUCCUCUGGUCUUUCCUCCAUUUUAUGGUUUCAAUCUGGGGGAAAUUGGCCUCGCGUUCCUAGCUUGUCAAGUCGGUGCGACAAUCGGUCUUCUGGCUUACUUCGCAUACUUGCAUUGGUACAUGAUACCCGAUAACAUCGCCCACGGGGUGCGAGAACAAGAACAUCGUCUCGUCCCCGCCAUCGUCGGCUCGUUCUUCCUCCCAACAGGUCUCUUCAUUUUCGGCUGGACAGCUCGUUCAGACAUCCAUUGGAUUGUUCCACUCAUCGGAGUUGUCAUCUUUGUCAUUGGCACAUUCCUUAUUCUUCAGAGCAUCUUUGUUUAUGUUCCGCUGUCUUAUCCACAGUAUGCUGCGAGUCUUUUCGCGGGGAACGAUUUGGUCAGGAGUGCUAUGGCUGCGGGAAGUAUUCUGUACGCUAGGCCCCUGUUUGUGAAUCUGGGCGUUGGAAAGGGGAUUUCGGUUUUGGCAGGCUUGAGCACGCUUGGGAUCAUUGGUAUGGUCGCUAUUUACCUUACUGGCUCUAAGUUGAGAGCCAGGUCCAAGUUUGCAACGAGCUAGGAAGGUUAUUCCCGAUUCUUUGACAGAAAGAUGAUGUCAAGCGUUGUUGAGAGGAGCAGGGUGUCAGGCAGCAAGAGUUAGGAUGUGAAUGAAAGCCGGCGUUCAGGGGCUGUGUUCUGGGAUAUUGGUUCUGACUACUAGAGAGACAUGAUGACAGGAAGAUUAGAUUGGCAUAUAUGCGUACUUAAUGAUUGCAGUAUCUGAAAUGUCUCUGGAUUUUCUGCAAAUUUGAUUUUCAUAUGCAAAUCUUUCAAUAUUCAUGCCUAGGUUCAUGAAGGAAAAACCAGGUCUGUGUAUUGUGUCUUCUUUGACAUAGAAAUGUUGAAAGAACAAGGAUUGCC